AGGGAUCGGAGAGCCUGCGAGGGAUGGUGACGGGAGCGCGCCCCGUGCAGUGGUCUCGGCUGCCGUGGCUGCUCUGCUGGCUGGCGGGACGCUCGGACAGACGGGCGGAAGGGCCGGAGCAAUGCCGGCCGCCCGGGUGGACUACAUCGCGCCCUGGUGGGCCGUCUGGCUGCAUAGCUUCCCGCACUUGAGCCUACGCUUGCAGCCCGUGGAUAGCAUCUUCAACCCCCAGGACCCAAGUUACCAGGAGUCGCUGCUGUUACUGGGGCUCGUGGCCGGCAUCUGCUUGGGCCUGAACUUGAUCUUCGUCACCGCCUACCUGAUUUGCUUGUGCUGCUGUAACCAAGAUGAGGACGUACAGACCAAGCAACCCAAAUCUUCCUGCGUCACCUGGACCUCUGUGGCGGCUGGACUCAUCUGCUGCGCUGCAGUGGGAGUUGGUUUCUAUGGAAACAGUGAGACCAAUGAUGGGGUAUACCAACUGGUCUAUUCCUUGGAUAAUGCCAACCACACCUUCUCAGGCAUUGAUGAACUGGUGUCAGGCACCACACUGAAAAUGAAGGUGAACUUGGAGCAGCACUUGGCCCGACUCAGUGAGAUCUUUGCCGCCAGGGGAGACUAUAUCCAGACGCUGAAGUUUGUGCAGCAGAUGUCAGGCAACAUCAUCCUACAGCUCUCAGGCCUGCCUGUGUGGAGGGACGUCAGCAUGGAGCUGACGGAGGUGGCCAACAAGACCACCUAUGUGGAAUAUUACAGGUGGCUUUCUUAUCUCUUGCUUUUCAUCUCGGACCUGGUUAUCUGCCUCAUCGCCUGCCUGGGACUAGCUAAGCACUCCAAAUGUCUCCUAGCUACGAUGCUUUGCUGUGGCGUGCUUACCCUCCUCCUCAGCUGGGCUUCCCUGGCCACGGACACAGCAGCUGCAGUGGGCACCAGCGAUUUCUGUGUAGCUCCAGACAAGUUCAUCCUGAAUGUCACGCAGGGCCAGAUGAGUACAGAGAUAACCCGUUACUACCUAUACUGCAGCCAGGGCCUGAGCAACCCAUUCCAACAGGCAUUGACCGUCUUCCAGCGAUCAUUAACUACAAUGCAGAUCCAGGUCCUUGGCCUAUUACAGUUUGCAGUGCCCUUGUUCCCCACAGCAGAGAAAGAUCUGCUUGGGAUACAGCUGCUGCUGAACUCAUCUGAGUCCAGCCUCCAUCAGCUGACUGCCAUGUUAGAUUGCAGAGGACUGCACAAGGAUUACCUUGAUGCCCUAAUUGGUAUCUGCUAUGAUGGUGUUGAAGGGCUGCUCUAUCUUGGCCUGUUCUCCCUCUUGGCUGCCAUGGCCUUCUCGACCAUGAUCUGUGCAGGGCCUCAGGCCUGGAAAUAUUUGGUUGUGAGGGACAGGAGCUAUGAUGACAUUGACGAAGAUGACCCUUUCAACCCCCAGGCCCAGCGCAUCGCUGCCCACAACCCUACCCGGGGACAGCUCCGAAGUUUCUGUAGCUAUAGCAGCAGCCUGGGCAGUCAGACCAGCCUGCAUCCCCCAGCCCAGACAGUCUCAAAUGCCCCUGUCUCGGAAUACAUGAACCAAGCGAUGCUCUUUGGUGGAAACCCACGCUAUGAAAAUGUCCCGCUGAUUGGAAGAGCCUCUCCGCCCCCCACGUACACUCCCAGCAUGAGGGCGACAUACCUUUCCGUCACUGAUGAGCACAUGAGGCAUUACGGGAAUGAGUUUCCAGCCCAGUAGUCUUCCAGUGGUUUCUUUCUUUUCUUUCUUUUUUUUUUCCCAAAAGAAAACACAAGCUAUAUUUCUUGAAUAGAAAUUAAAGGAAACUAGAAAAAUGCAUGAACUAAGCAAAUGAAACAAGCUCAGCUGAAGAGAGCAUGAGCUGGUGGAGCUGAUUGAAGAGAGGGCAGACUCCUGAGCAAGGCUGGAGAGCUGGAAUAUGGCAGACUGCCAACCCUAGACAGAGAGAAGAUGUCAGGAGUCUCUAGGGUGCACAUACCAACACCUGCCUGUCUUCCUGUCCAUGUUGGAAAUGCCCUAUGGUGGGAGCCUAGAAGCUGCUGUUCCCCAAGUUGUAUUUCAGUCAUCUUCUCCUUUCAAAGAAAAGGUGGGAGGCCUGGACAGGCCCAGAUGCUGCAGUCUGGGGACAGAGCUGUCUCUCCUUGGACCUUCGUUGAGGACUUUGUCUUCUGUUACAUUUUGAUAGUUACUCGGAGUCAAAAGCACAGGUCAUCAGAUCUCUUAAUCUCCUCUUCCCUCUCCUUCCUGACUGCACUGAUUAGGAGAGAUUUUUUUUUACCUGCCUGCAAUAGAGGGAAGAGUUGUUUUUGUUUUGUUUUGUUUUGUUUUUAAAGAGAAGUUAAAUGUGAAAUACAUAGUUUAAUACUGUCCGAAUAAAUAGGCCACAGGGCCACACUGACUCUUUGGUAGAGAGGCAGCUAACCAGGAUAAUGGAACUGAAUUUUCUUAAUGGGGAAGAGGUGAGAGAGACGUGUUACUUUUUUUUCACGUUUAUUUCCAUGCAAAAUUUUCUCUCUUUUUCAAGAGGAAGAUGUGGGGUCUUGGCAACAACUUGGUAGAAGUAAGCUUAUUGAGUAUGAAACAUAGGGAUGGGAAGGUGAUAGAGACAGAAAAAAGGGAUAGCAUUGGAUAGUGCAUACUGAUAGUCUUCCAGGAGACCUUAGGAUUGGGAUUUGGGGCCAAUUUGGUCUCCUCCAUUGUGUACGUGCAUCAUUCACGUUUGCCAUUGGACAACCACCCUUCCUAUUAUGCCUUUGACCUCCUUGUUUUCUCACAGAUGGAAAUUCUGCUCUAAGUUUAUCAGAUGUAAUAGGGCUGGUCUCAGGUGUUCAUAGAAGCAUUUGAAAGGGCAUAUAACCCUCUUUUUUUCUCCAGUGUUUAUUUUUUAAUUGAUUAAUCCAAAGGAGAGAAACCUUCAGCACAUUCUCCUUUUAAGAUAUGGGAUUUUGAAUUCAUUUCCUACGUUUAAAAAAAAUAUUGGUAUUAUUCUUAGUACUGAUCAGCUCCCCUGGGUUUAGCAGAAUUUUUUUUUUAAUAAAAUGCAAUAGACAACUAAGAGUGAGACAUCUACCAGUGCUUGCAGAAGAUCCUGCUUUCAUCCCACUCAGGGAGAAAGUCUCUUUAAUGAGAGAGGCAGCUAACCAGGAUAAUGGAACUGAAUUUUCACACUGGGGAAGAGGUGAGAGAGACACGUUACUUUUUUCACGUUUAUUUCCAUGCAGAAUUUUCUCUCUUUUUCAAGAGGAAGAUGUGGGGUCUUGGCAACAAGCAGGAAAAAGUGUCUUCUACUGUGUCAUACCUCUUCCCUACCACUGACAUUUUCAUUGAUUCUUUCAUAUGCUAUGCUACCAGCCUUCACCUCCAUUGUGAAAAUAGGCUUUUGAGCCAGGAGGAAAUAAUGACCUACCAUUCUGCCUCUCCUGAGGAUUAAAGGUUAGGGUCUUUGGUGCUUCCAAUCUCCUGCCAACCCAAAGUGCACAUGCUCAAGCCCCUCCUAGAGCAGGAAUAAAAUUCUGCUUUAGCUUGAGAUUGGGGGGCUUCUUGUGGCUUUGGAAGAGCUCCCUUAUUGGAAUAACAAUGCUGACACGGUGUGGAGUAUUGGCUAACUUAUGGCAGGUAAAACCAGCAUUGGCAAGCCAGGCCAUCCCAACCCAGGGCUCUUCCAUUAGAGCUACUGAACUAUCAGUGACUCACUGUGUCCCUCACUAACACUAACCUGUAUAUACUCUGUACGAUAGAAACAUCCUUUGAAUGUUUGUGACCAUGGACCAUGUGACUAGGAGCGACUGUUACACAAAGUUUUGCUUCUUAAUAUUUCAUUGUUGUAACUAGGACAGCUAUUUUUAACGCAUGUAAAUGGAACAUUCUUUUGGGGGCUCCUGAAGGAGCAAAAUGGGGAAACCUCUGCCUGAAUGUGGAUGUACCUGCCCAGGAGAAAGAAAUAAACACUUGUACUAAA